CCUGUAUUGUUGUUGAUUGCGGGGCGACCGAGGGAUGGGAUGCUCCCCAAGAUGAACCUUUUUCAUCUUGACUGAAGAUGACUGCACGAUGAGUCGUGCAGUCAUCGGGAGGGCAAACCCUUCAUGCUAACUGCACCUACUGUCAAGAAGAAGAAGAACCUUAAAGUUGCAGUGGCAGAGAUUGUUGAGUUUGGUUAAUGUAGAAAGAGGAGGAUGGCGAGAGUGUCCCGUCUCGGUGUAUAUGUGACAGCAUACCUGUGCUUGUGUCUGCUUGCUAAUGUAGCCCUGGUGGUGAUAUUCAUUGCCGGGAAGCACUGGACAUCCUUCACACCAGCGGCCUUGUCAGCUGAUGAAUGGGAUCCUUCAAGGGGUUGGACUUUUAAGUGUGCUGACCUUCCUUUUAUUACCAAUCUGAGCAUUAUUGGUUCCGGAUGGACAAAAGCUGUAUAUAAAGGCCAGUAUGGUAAAACUUGGUUGGCAGUUAAGACCGUGCAUACCUCUGGCCAUGACAUGACGGAGUGCCUGGAAUCAGUGAGCGUCUGCUAUCAGCACUGUGCAGCCAAGAUCAUAAAGGAAACUCGGCUGUUACAAGAGCUCUCUCAUGCAAAUGUUAUCAAAGUAAUGCUCAUCGUGAUUUCAAGCUGUAAUUAUAACAAAGUGCUGUACAAUCCAUAUCAGGUAUAUGGAGGAUGUAUUCCAGAUGUGGAAUACUCUCCUGGUCCCCCCGUGGCUGGCAUUGUGGCCAUGGUUGCAGAAUUAGGACGCCCAGUUAAUGUUAUUGAAAUCCUCCAGAUGAAUUACGAAGAAAGACUGAAGUUAGCAAGUGAUGUUGGAAGAAUCUUGCACCACCUGGCACAGUCUCCUCUUGGAAGUCUACUAAUGAAUGAUUUCCGACGAGAGCAGUUUGUUAUCUCAGAUGGAUCACUCAAGUUAUCCGACAUAGAUGAUAUAGUAGUUGGGGAUCCCAAAUGUACCAGCUAUAAAGACUGUGCUAUUAAAGAUGGGAUUAAAGAGAGCAUCCUUGUCAACUUGUCGUGUGUGACCGGGCUGUGUAAAGGCUUCAACAGUCGCCUUAAUGCUGUUCAUGCCAGCCAGCACUUUAUGCGUCUGCUGAUUCCAUAUGGAGGUCCAGCAGCCCUAGAAAGUACCUGCCUACGCAUAGUGAAUCAGCAAUCAAUCGGGUUGUUGGAUUCUGAAGCGGUGCAUCAAGAAAUCCAGGCUUUAGUGAAUAAUUAUUCAUCUGGUGCCUAUUUAUCAGCUGCUGAGAAGGAAAUGAUCCACAGUUACACUGUCUUGCAUGGGUCCACUGUACAUGACGCAGACUUCUCGUGUUCUAGAACACUUAGCAAAGGUUGUGUCCAGUCAGUGUCUUCACCCGCUGAAGGAGCCUGGUUAUGCUCACAGUUUCCCGAGUGUGUAGCUUAUGUUCUCAUUGAUGAGUGGACCUGGACAGGCCGUCAAGUUGCUGUAUUUAAAACCAGAGCAAGAGAGGUAAAGGGAAAUGAACGCCACACGUUAUAUAUACGUCGUAGGCAAGGAUGAACACCUCCAGUUAUCUACUAUCCUGAUGAUAUUUGCAGAAUGUAAAUCUCAGUUGCUACUAUUACUAUAGUUACUUCAAAGUAUACAGAGUGAGAUGCAUGGUAUCUGACAAUGUUGGUACCAGCAUGGAUGGUUAGCAGGACAUUUCUGACAUGGUGUAUGCCUCCUUUACUACUUGCUAUUAGAAAUUAAAGCAAAGAAUAUUCAUAGAGGACCGCCACAGAGCUGCUAUAUCACUAAUAAGUUUGUCAUAUAUCUUAGACAACUGGUGCGGCCUCACAAUAGCUACGUUUAUGCAUGUUCAGUUGCAAUCAGUAACACUAUAUCUGAUUGAGCCAAGAGCUGUCAGUUAACUGAUAAUUCAAGAUACCAUAUGCCAGUCUACUUGUAAACAAAAUAUGUAUAAAUAUAGAUACUUAUUCUCUAAGUUAGUUUUCAUGUUCCCUCAAGAUGUUGAACUAGUUGUUGGAGGACUUUCAUUGAUGAGUUGGGUGUGAUAUGAGAUGUUAAAGUGCCGGGUUUUCUUUAUGAAUGUGAGGCAGAAUGUUCAUUUACUGAACCUGAAGCAAGUGCUUCAAUGUGAGGUCUCUUAGCAUCCUUCUCCCAGCAGUAUUUUUUUAAGUUUGGUUUGUUUAAUGUUCAUGAAGUCAAUAAAGAUGUUAUACAUG